CGAAGUAGUGUUCAGUUCAGUGACAUAUUGAUACCCAUACGAUCGUAUUUCUGAAUGUUUGACGUUAAAACUUAUACCUAACCUCGUGAGAACGUCAAUUAAUGAAAAAUAAAACAUUUAGAUAAAGCAAAAGCAAUGUUUUCUAGUAAAAAUAAAGUGAAUGAUCUACCACCAAGGCCGAAACCCCCGGAUACCAGGCAAAUACUGGAAGAUUUAAACAAUGCAGAAAAUUGUGAUGAUGUCGCUUUUAAGCUUUUUGCCAAAGAUUAUGCAGAUUCUAGUCUUAAUGAAUCGUCACAGAAUGAUUUUGGAAAAUCAAGUAGCUCUUAUGAAAGAGUCAAGACCUACCUUGAUAUUAUUAAAAAAUUAAAAGUAUUAAAACUUUCGUUGAGCGAACAUGAGAAAUUAUUAUUAGCUGACAUAGAAGAUAUGAUGAAAUUAACAAAGGAUAUCAAAAAUCAGGCACAAGCAGCUUUAAUUCAAUAAUAAUUAUAUAAAUUAGUUUCAAUGUUAUAAAUCCAAUCCAAAUUGCUGGUAAAAGUUAUGUAAAUAUAAAGAAUGUACAUAAAUUAUAUAUUAAACAUAAAUAAAUGUAUAAAAUAA